AUGGCUUCCUACAAAUCAACUCUUCGCUUUUGCCCUGGUUGCAACAACUCCAACUGGAUGAUGAGCAAAAACGAGAAGAUGGAACUCGUCUUCACGUGCAAAGUUUGUGAGAGCAUGGAAGUUGUCCCCAUGGACGGGCAGGCGGAAUCAGGCAACAAGCGACGGAUUGACGAUCUAUGCGUCUUUCGCCAUGAUGUGCUGUUUGUCGCCAAGGAAUCUAUCAUUGUCAUGCCGGACGUCAUCCAUGAUCCUACGCUGCCUCGAGUCUACGAUUAUGAUUGUCACAUUUGUGGACACCAUGAGGCCGUUUUUUACCGCCUAUCAGAGACCAUUGUGAGUGAUGCGAUGGCCAUCAUCUAUGUUUGCUGUAAGUGUUCUAACUGGAGAACUGAGGGAAGAGAGGUCCAGUAUUCAGUGCCACAAGGACAUGAUCGCCAUGGUGGAGCAGAAGAGAAGAUCGAAAAGCUUGAGCUCGGCGACAAAAGCUGA